AAUUCAUUAUUUUAUUGGUAUAGCUUUUCCAUGUAUAAAAAUGACCACAAAGAAACACACGGUUUUGCGUAUAAACUCCCUUUUGCCUCUCUGUAGCCUCAUAUACUUCUCCAUCUCCAUCUUCAUCUUCAUCACUAUAUUUCACAUCUUUUAUUUUUUAUUUUGUCAAUUUAAAUGACAGGAUCCAAAUCCCAAUCUGAGUGCUGCAUGUGUGGAGAUUUUGGUUUCUCUUUUGAGCUUUUUCACUGCAAAAUCUGCCAAUUCAGAUCCCAACACAGGUACUGUAGCAAUUUGUAUCCCAAAGCCGAUUGUUACCGAAUAUGCAAUUGGUGUCUAACUCUAAACCAAGAAUCGAACCCCAAAUCCCCAAAUUCUUCUUCUUCCAUCAUCAACAACAACGAUCAAUUCCCCAAUUUUCGAUCUCAACUCAACAAACCCAUCAAAAAACAAAGCUCCUCCUCUCUAGUAAUUUUGCCUCCUCCUCCUCCUCCCCCUCCGCCUCGCCGGAGACUCAUUUCCGUGGAUGAAAAACUCCGGCGGACUAGAUCGGAGGAGAUUUCCCACCGGACUGGGAUCAAGCGGCCCGUCAUCUUUAGGAAUAAGGUCAGAAGGUACAAACUUCUGGACGAGGUUUCCAGCUGAAAAUUAAUUUUCAAAUCAUAUUUCUGUUUCUCUUCUCUUUUCUUUUUAGGAUUACCAAAUAUUAAUGGAAUAGAAAUUAAAAAAAAACAAGUGGAAUCCACCAAAUAAGUUGUUGAGAUUAUUGGUUGUGUAUAAAAUAGAUCUGUUAAUUAUGUGUAUAAAUAGUGAUAUAAUAACAAUUAAAGAUUAAUCAAGAAAAAAAUUAGUGUUUGUGUCAAUAUAUAAUUGGGUUUGUGAAUUUGGAGAGUUUUGGGAGAAUGGUUCCACGUCGAGGAUCGCAGUUUGCCAAACACGGUGCUCUAUCAUAUAUGUGACAGACCAAUCAUGUUCUUCCAUGUUCACAAAUCCUAACAUAUAAUAUAUAUAUAUAUAUAUAUUUAUAGCUUA